AGCACCGAGGGCUUAGUCGCCGAAACCUGUGGAUCCUGCGUUUCUGCGGCCUGUGGUGGCAGUCAUGGAAGCGGGCGCCGCUGGCGAGCCUGACACGGCCGAAGUGCUGCCCCAGCACAAGUUCGACUGCAAGUCCCUGGAGAUCUACCUAAACCGGCACUUGCCUGGCUUUGGGACCGAACCCGAGGCCGCGCUGACGGUUGCCCAGUACAGAUCAGGACAGUCCAAUCCAACUUUUUUUCUCCAGAAGGGCUUUCAAGCAUAUGUAUUGAGGAAAAAACCACCAGGUUCACUUCUUCCUAAAGCCCAUAAGAUUGAUAGAGAAUUUAAAGUUCAGAAAGCUUUGUUCUCUAUUGGAUUUCCUGUUCCCAAGCCUAUACUGUACUGCAGUGAUGCUUCUGUCAUCGGAACGGAGUUUUAUGUAAUGGAACAUGUGCAAGGUCGAAUAUUUCGUGAUUUCACAAUUCCUGGAGUUAGCCCACCAGAACGUUCGGCCAUAUAUGUGGCCAUGGUAGAAACCUUGGCCCAGUUACAUUCCUUGAAUAUACAGUCAUUACAGCUGAAAGCAUAUGGUAUAGGAGCUGGGUACUGCAAAAGACAGAUAUCCACCUGGACAAAGCAGUAUCAAGCUGCAGCUCAUCAGGACAUCCCUGCCAUGGAACAGCUAUCUGAGUGGUUAAUGAAAAACUUGCCAGAUAAGGACAAUGAAGAAAGUUUGAUUCAUGGAGAUUUCAAACUAGAUAAUAUAGUUUUCCACCCAAAAGAGUCUCGAGUUGUAGCAGUACUAGAUUGGGAGCUUUCAACUAUUGGUCAUCCUUUGUCAGACCUAGCUCAUCUUUCCAUGUUCUACUUUUGGCCAAGGACAGUUCCAAUGAUAAAUCAAGCUUCCUAUAUUCGAGAAAACACAGGUAUACCAUCGAUGGAAGAACUGAUUUCAAUAUAUUGCCGCUGUAGGGGGAUUAAUUCUGUUCUUCCUAACUGGAAUUUCUUUCUUGCUCUUUCAUAUUUUAAAUUGGCUGGAAUAGCACAGGGAGUAUAUAGUAGAUAUCUUCUGGGAAAUAAUUCAUCCAAGGAUAGCUUUCUAUUUGCCAGUAUGGUACAACCUCUGGCAGAAACUGGAUUACAACUCUCAAAAAGAACUUUCAAUACUGCAUUACUGCAGAUUGAUAAUACCAGACAAUUGUUUGUACAGACAAGGAGAGGCCAGGAAGUUCUGACUAGGGUGAAAAAUUUCAUGAAACAACACAUCCUUCCAGCUGAAAAGGAAGUAAUUGAGUUUUAUGUUCAAAAUGAAAAUUCAGUGGACAAAUGGAGAAAACCUUUAGUGCUUGAUAAACUUAAGGAAAUGGCUAAAGCAGAGGGCCUCUGGAACUUGUUUUUGCCAGCUGUAAGCGGUCUCAGCCAGGUGGACUAUGCCUUGAUUGCUGAAGAAACAGGAAAAUGCUUUUUUGCUCCAGAUGUGUUUAACUGCCAAGCACCAGACACAGGGAACAUGGAGGUGCUGCACCUAUAUGGAAGUGAGGAACAGAAGCAGCAGUGGCUUGAGCCUCUUCUUCAAGGGAACAUUGCCUCCUGCUUCUGCAUGACAGAACCUGAUGUAGCUUCAAGUGAUGCCACAAAUAUUGAAUGCAGCAUCCAACGGGAUGGAGACAGUUAUAUAGUUAAUGGCAAGAAAUGGUGGAGCAGUGGAGCUGGGAAUCCCAAGUGCAAAAUUGCAAUUGUUUUGGGAAGAACUAAAAAUACUUCUGUCUCCAGACACAAACAACACAGCAUGGUUCUUGUUCCUAUCAACACACCUGGAGUAGAAAUAAUAAGACCUUUGUCAGUUUUUGGCUAUAUGGACUAUUUGCAUGGAGGACAUUUUGAGAUCCAUUUUAAUCAAGUACGAGUUCCUGCCACCAAUUUAAUACUAGGUGAAGGUAGGGGAUUUGAAAUUUCCCAAGGCCGCCUGGGACCUGGCAGAAUCCACCACUGUAUGAGAACAGUUGGUUUAGCGGAACGUGCUUUGCAGAUCAUGUGUGAACGGGCAUCACAAAGAGUAGCCUUUCAGAAGAAACUGUAUGCACACGAGGCUGUGGCUCACUGGAUUGCUGAAAGCCGCAUUGCCAUUGAGGAGAUCCGCCUGUUGACCCUGAAAGCUGCCCACAGCAUGGACACUCUGGGCAGUGCUGGUGCUAAGAAAGAGAUCGCAAUGAUCAAAGUGGCUGCCCCACGGGCUGUCUGCAAAAUCAUUGACCGGGCCAUCCAGGUGUAUGGAGGUGCUGGCGUUUCUCAGGAUUAUCCUCUGGCUAACAUGUAUGCCCUAACUAGAACUUUGAGGUUAGCAGAUGGACCUGACGAAGUCCACCUCUCAGCAAUCGCAAAGAUGGAGCUGCAGGACCAAGCCAGAGGGUUGACAGCCAAGAUGUAAGGAGAGUGACACUGCCACAUCCCGCAGGCAGAAGCUCUCCUUUAUUUAGACUUAACUGACUGCAACAUUUGAAUCUCACAUUUUUGCAGCAUUUUUAGCACAGGGUUAAUUACUUGUGGUUAAAAAUUUUAGCAUCUGUUUUGAUCAGUGGGUUUUGUAAUUUUGAGGGACACAUAGGAAAGUAAACAAGAAAUUCUGUAGCUCUUGUCACUCACUCUGGUGCCCAAGCAGUUUAGCGU